AGGAUUUGAACCCAGGAUUGUCUCCAACGCCGCUCAAUUAUACCCGCCAAGGAGUCACAGAGACUUAGUGAAGUGCACACAUUGCUCACCUGGGUGAACUGAGGUCCAGCGGGGGAAGGCUUCCUCCUGUUGUAAUCACUAACCCCAACUCUGUCUCCCUUGCCCGAUUCAUUCAUUCGUUAAUUAAUUCAUCCAACAUCCUGUCCCCAAGAGGCUCAGUCUGGGGACAUACUGAUCCAGUUAAAUGGGAGUGCUUCCUAGUUAUACAUGGCGACUGCUGAGAAGGGACUCCAGAGUCCAGGCACCUACCUCCCAGGGGCUCACCGUUCACUCCUCUAGCCUCAUUUAGAGCUCGCAUUAAGAGCACGGGAUCUGGAUCCACACUGUUUGGAUUCAAAUCACAACUUCAACACUUAGCAGCUGUGUGUUCUGGGAAAAUGACCCACCUUCUCUGUGCCUCCAUUUUCUCACCUGUAAAACGGGCUCCCAGGCUGGUGGGAGAGUUUCAGGUGUAAGCCAUGGAGAGUCCUUUAGCGAACAUCUAGACUGGCAAUAAACUCAAUAAAUGGUGACUGUUAUAAUUAAUCCUCGGAACCAUCCUAGGGAGUGGACACUAUUGUGUUCCCCAUUUUAUUUAUUACAUUAAUUUUUUUUUUUUUUUUUAGUAGAGACGAGGUCUCGCUAUGUUGUCCAGGCUGUUCUCGAACCCUUGGGCUCAAGAGAUCUUCCCGCCUCCGGCCUCCCAAAGUGCUGGGAUCACAGGCGUGAGCCAACCGGCCCAGCCUGUGUCCCUCCCUCGUUUUUACAAAUGAAUAAAGAGAUGCUGGAUAAGCCCGAGGUCACAAGCUUUGCAGUGUAGCAUCCCCUAAUCUGAUCCCCUGUCUCUUUGGCUCCAAAACCUACACUCAGUCCUGGGAGCGAUUAGCGCCAACAGCUCGGAGAAAACGUGACGAAAACCAGUCUGUAAAACCCGAGCCUGGGAGAGGGGCUUCGGUGCGCGGGGGAAUUUGCAGACGCUCCCUGCUGGCGGAGAUUUCCUGACCUGUCCUUCAGCGCGGGACUUUCGGCGGGUCCCGGCCGGGCAGACCCGAGUGCCGGCGGCGGAGACUGCGGUGGAGCCAGUACCGGCUGCAGUGGCCGGGGCCGUGGCGGGAGAGUCAUGUCAGAGCCGCAGCCGCGGGGCGCAGAGCGCGAUCUUUACCGGGACACGUGGGUGCGAUACCUGGGCUAUGCCAAUGAGGUGGGCGAGGCUUUCCGCUCUCUUGUGCCAGCGGCGGUGGUGUGGCUGAGCUAUGGCGUGGCCAGCUCCUACGUGCUGGCGGAUGCCAUUGACAAAGGCAAGAAGGCUGGAGAGGUGCCCAGCCCUGAAGCAGGCCGCAGCACCAGGGUGACCGUGGCUGUGGUGGACACCUUUGUAUGGCAGGCUCUGGCCUCUGUGGCCAUUCCGGGCUUCACCAUCAACCGCGUGUGUGCCGCCUCUCUCUAUGUCCUGGGCACUGCCACCCGCUGGCCCCUGGCUGUCCGCAAGUGGACCACCACUGCGCUUGGGCUGUUGACCAUCCCCAUCAUUAUCCACCCCAUUGACAGGUCGGUGGAUUUCCUCCUGGACUCCAGCCUGCGCAAGCUCUACCCAACAGUGGGGAAGCCCAGCUCCUCCUGAUCAUACUCUGGUACCUGGCCUGUGCAUCGGCCUCCUGCUUCAUGUCAACCUCCCACUCCUGCCAGGGGAUGUGGACGCCUGGCUCCCUGGGGUCCAAAGACCCUGGCACCUGGGUGGGUUUGAGCCAGACAGAAGCUUAGAGACAAAGGCUUCAAGAAGCAGUGGCUGCAGGGAGUCACAGACGGGCAGGACCUGAACGCUGUCUGCUUCCCUGGAAUCCAAGAUGCUGAGUGGAAGUGGACCCUGGGUGGGCCCGGCCCUGUCUUUUUCAGGAAAAUUAUAUCCUCCCAUGGAGGAUGAGAGACUGAGGCUCAGGGAGGGCAAGGAAUAGGCCCAAGAUCACUUGGCAAGCUGGGCACCCAGGACCCCCAGGUGCUUGACAGAGUCACCCCAUGGUGGUAUGGCUGAACAAGGAGAGGCAGACAACUCAGGGAGAAACUCAGGAGUGCAGUACCAGGGAUACCUCAGGACAGAUUCUCUGGCCAGGCCCUUCCCUGACCCAAUAAAUCCUGAAGAGGUU